AUGUCUAGCUGGUGGAAUACAGCAAGUGCGAGUAAUUUUACUCGUGGUUUAACGUCAAUAACUGGGCAAUUAUCGACGAAUCUUAAAGAUAUUUUAACAGAAGCUAGUGAAGAAAAUUAUGAUCCAACUACUGAAUUAACUCGAGCUCGACAACAUAUUGAAGAUCUUGAAUUACGAAAACAAGCAUUCAUGGAAGAAUGCACUUCUUUAAAAAAACAAUGUGACGAACUUACAAUGCAAAAACAAGCAGUAGAAAUUAAAUCGGAUAUGUUAUUAGCUGAAAGUCGUCGAGCUAUCGAAGAAAAAGAUAAUGAAUUGAAACGACUUCGCGAAACUACAAAUGCUGUGACAUGGAAUAAUCCAAAUGAUUCAAACAAUACUUGGACUGAUAUUCUUGAAGAUGAUCAAUCUGAAAUAAAUGAAUAUCUGAAAUAUCAACGUACAAUACGUGAAUUAAAAGAUGAAAAUAGUCAUUUACGAGAUGAAAUGGCAAAUUUAAGAAUGUCAUUCAAAUCACAAAAAUCUGAAAAAAAUCAGUUUCGGCAAGAAGAUAAUAUAAUUCAUAUUGAGCAGAUGUAUGCCGCACAACUUUCUAAAUGUCGUCAAGAGUAUGACGAACAAAUUCUUAAAUUACAAUUACAACUCAAAGAACUGAAAGAUUCCAAUGAAAAUCAUGAAGAAGAUGAAUUACGAAAAACAAUGGAAGUACAAAAAGAAGUCGAUGAAGUGGAUAAAGAUCUUCUUUCACAAGAACUUGAACAAGCCAAUGAGAAAUUAAAUUGGUACAGUGAAAAAUUAAGAGAAUAUUCAAAUUUACACACAAAUAUGGAUUCGUUAAUGUCACAUAGUAAACAAUUAGAAAAUGAUUUACUAUUACAACAACAAAAUAAUGAAUCAUAUUUAAAACGUAUUAGCCAAUAUGAAGAAACAAUUAAUCAAUUACAACAAGAUAUUGUUCAAUUAAAUGCCCAUAAAAAUAAUCAAGAGCAAGAACAACAAACUAAUAAUAAUGAGGAUUUUAAUCGUCUUCUUAUUGAAGAAAGACAUCGCUGUGAUGCUCUUGCAACUGAUAAUGAAGCAAUGUUUCAACUUCUUGAAGAAACUCGUUUACAGAAUUCACAAAUAGAAAAUAGUAUAAAAGAAAGAUUUCAAGAAGAUAUUAGAAAUAAAGAAAAACAAAUUGAACAAUUAAAUUUUCAAAUACAUGAUCUUCAAGAUCAAAUUCAAAAGCAAAUUAAUCAUGAAAAAAAUGAGCAAGAGAACUUUCACAUACAAUUGAAUAAUCUUCGAGAAGAAAUUCAAACGAAAGAAAAACAAAUUGAUGCAGAGAAAAAUGAACACGAAAAACAGAUUCAUCAAUUAAGCGAAGAAAAAAAUAAUCUUUUAUCUCAAGUAAAGAAUCUUGAACAAUUCAAAGAUGAACAAUUAGCAAAACAAAUAGAAGAAGAAGAAGAUCGCUUAAAAGAAUUUCACGUGCGCGAAAUGUUCGAAAAACAAUUAAUUGAACUCCAUGAAGAUUUACAAACAUUAGAAAAUAAGAAAAAUGAACUUUAUGAUCAAAUUGAUGAACUUAAAGAACAAAUACGAUCAAGAGAUAAACAAAUUCAAACAUAUGAAAAUUCGACUGCAACACCUGGUUCACCAGCUGCUAUAUCUUCAUCGCCUGGUCUUCGAACUCGUUCACCAUCUCCUCAAACAUUCGAACAUGUACUCGAAUUAGAAGCUCAAAUUCUUCGAAAUGAACAACAAUUUUGUGAACUUAAGUCAGUUUACGACCGUUUUGCAACAUUAUUACCUAUUGAAAUAUCCCAAUCAGAAAAUCAUCAAGUAUCAUUAUCAGAUAGAUUUUUAAAUUUAUUUGAACAAUGGUCCACAUAUGUUGAUACACUUUCAAUAACACAACAAGAACUUGAAUCACUUAAGCAAUUACUUAUUGAAAAACAAGAAGAUCUUGAAAAACUUCAAUUCGAUUUAGAUUUAACAACAACAAAACUAAUUGAAUUACAGCAACAACAACCAUCAUUAACACAUGAAAAUAAAUCUCUCCAUGAUAAAGAAGAAGAAAAUGAAGUAGAAAUUGAACAUAUUCUCGAACUUCAUCAAUUUUCUCAACGUGCACCAUCAAGACAAUCAAUAGUAUCAAGUACGCCUGGUGAAAAACAACAAUUAAUUGCACAAAAUGAACUUCUUUCAUCAUUAUUGGCUGAAAAAGAUCGAGAGUUAAUAUCAUUACAACAGGCUGAGAAAACACGUGAAGAUUUAAUUAAAAAUUUAGAAGCACUAAAAAUUAUUUUACAGCAAAUUGAACUUGAUAAAGAAAUAAAACAAGUAGAAUUAAAUGAUAUUAGAAAUGUACUUGAUGAAAAAUUAAGAGAAAAUUCUUCAUUAAAAAAAGAAAAAAUGCAUUUUAUUGAAAAACUUUCAGAGAUGGAACGAGAUAGACAAGAACAACAAUCGAUGAUUCAAAUUACACAUAAACAAUCAUCACAGGAAGAUGAGAAACCAUCGACAUCAAUAACGUUGAAUGAAGAAGAUAAGACUAAUACGGAACAAAUUCAUACAAAGGAACAACACGAAAAACUCCGCGCUGACUAUGAUCAAUUAGUAGAAUUUUCUAAACGACAACAUGAUGAAUCUCUAUCAUAUUAUAACGAAUAUACACGUAUUCUUUCGCUUCAUAAUGAACUUAAUACAAAAUUUAGUCAAUUACAAAUUGAUUAUGAAUCUGUUCAAUCAUUAGUUCAGCAAAAAAAUGAAGCUUAUUUACAAUGUCAAAAUGAAUUAAAUAAUUAUCAAAAUCUAUUAUAUCAUGAAAAGAAAAAAUCUGAAGAAGUCGAUUUAUUACGUGCAACAUUAAUUGAACGUGAUACAAAACUACAGCAAAUGGUUGAUAAUGAAACACAGCUUCUUGUUAAACAAUCAGAAUUAGAGCGAGAUAUUAAAUUAUUAGAGAAAAAUAAUUUUGAAUUAAGAUCAGUUGAACAAUCAUUUAUAGAACAAUUACAACAGAUGAAUCUUGAACACAUACAAUCAGACUUGAAAAAUAUUUCACAUGAACGCAAUAUAGCCAUCGCCAAUAAGAAACAAUUAGAAGAUGAAAUAGAAUUAAAUAGACAAAAGUUUUCCCAAUAUGAAGAACGUGAACGAAAAUUAACAAAUGAAAUCGAACGAUUACGUACACAUUUAUUAAAAAUGGAAGAAUCAUAUACAACAGAUUUAAUUGUUGCCGAAGAUCGAGAAAAAUCUUUAAGAAAUCAAAUAGCACAAUUAGAUGAUACAAAUCGUGCACAAAAUGAACUUAUUCAGCAACUUAAUACAAGUGGUGAACAAUCCAAACAAACGUUAGCUACCGAAUUAGGUACAUUAAAAUAUGAAUAUACAAAGCUUGAAGCGCUUAAUACUAAUCUAAACAAUCAAUUACAAUAUCAAAUGAAAUGUUCACAGAAUUUACAAAAUGUUCUUGAACAAUUUAAACGAGAACGUGAACAACAUAUAAAUGAACAUUUACGUCAAUAUCAAGAUGCAUUACGUGAACAAACAACCAUAGUAAAUCGUUUAACAAAUGAAAAUAAUGAAAUUUGUAAUCGUCUCGCUGAAUAUAAUGAAGCAUUAUCUGCUGCUCACAGGUUGAAUGAUCAAAUAGAAAAAAAAGAUUCAUUAAUAAAUACUCUUCGCAAUCAAAUUCAUACUAAAGAUGAAAAAAUUCAGCAAUAUGAAUAUAAUUUACGUGAUUUACAAUCAACAAGUGGUUCACGUGUUGAAAAACAACUUGUGAAAAAUAUUCUUUUAUCCUAUUUUCAUACACCAGUUAAUAAACGACAAGAAGUUAUUCCACUCUUAGGCGCAUUAGUUGGUUUUACACAAGAUGAAUAUAAACGAGCGAUCGAUGCUACAUCAACUAACAAUAACAAUAGUCCGAAAGGAGGAUCAGGUUGGUUAGGUGGGUGGUUAGGUGGAAAUGUAGCAGCAGGUGGAGGAGGAGGAACAAAUCCAGCAAGAGCAAGAACACAAUCGGAAACUCCAGUUUAUGAUCCAAAUAAAUCAUUUACUGAAUUAUUAAUUCAAUAUGUUGAUCAGCAAUCAACUAAUAAUCUUCAACAUCCCACAGCAAAAUUUAAUACUGACGAAUAUCUUCAUCGAUAUGAUAGUAAUGUUGGUGGUGCUAGUGGUGCUGGUCAUAAUCUUCUAAGAAAAUCAUCUGUAUCUGCAUCUGCUAAUCCUUUUGUUAAUUCUUCUCAUUUACAUUCCAAUAAGCCAUCAUCUGCUGUUGUUUUACCAACAUUAAAUGGUUCACAAAAUAUAACUAUUCUUAAUCCACCUCCUCUACCAUCAGCAUCGUCAUCAUCAACAAUAACAACAGCAACAUCAGAAAAUACAGAAUCGUCUUCAACUAUUCUCAAAGAUUUAUUGAAAACUUAA